AAUUUGUGAACAUUUACGGAAGGAGAAGUUGAAUGUCAAUUUUAGUUUUUCGUUGCACGAAAAUUUUGUAUAAAAAGCUGUGACAUGGGAAAGCACUUCAUCAUUUGAAUUGUAUCAGUAAAACAGUUAAAACAGUUUCCAAACAAAUAAUUAUUCACAGUUUAACAUACGUGAGAAUCAUGAUCUUUAAAGUUGCUCUUGUUGUUGUAGUUUUGGCUGUUGCAGUCAAUGCAUCGCCUGCUGAUAAGGUUAAGCGUCAAAUUCCAACCCCACCAAUGCCCCCAGGCAUGCCUGCUCCACCAAUGCCACCAGGUAUGAUCUUUGCAUUCGCUGAUUUACACCGUGCAAAGAGACAAGCUGAGACAACUCCACCCAGUAGAGUUGCUCGUCAAGCUCCAGAAACAACCCCACCAUCCAGAGUCGCUCGUCAAGCUCCUCCACCUCCACCACCAUCCAGAAUUGUUCGUAGCGUCUUUGGUGAUCAAGAAGUUCCAAAAACUAUCGCUCAAGAAGCUUAUUUCUCGAAAAUCACAACCAUUAAUGGUGAAAAGUAAAAGAAAUAUCAGAAAUAUUUUGAAUAUGAUUUAUUUUUGUAAGUAAACAUUUAUAAACAAUUUAUUAUUAAUAAACGUAACUACGAUAAACCCUAAAAAUAGAUUUUCGAUAUUACUAAGUGAUUUUUGUGUAUGGUCAAGGGUUGUAAUUGUAUACAGCUCAUUAGGAGAAGAAGAAUAGAAUUGAAUUAAUUUCGUUCUAAUUUUAAAAGCUUUUAGAAUUAUUUGACUAAUGA